AUGCCGUCGGUUUCGAAAACGGCGGCCAAUGCGUCUCCUCAAACCGAGAAACCUACCCACUAUACAUACUUGAAGGAGUUCAGGACAGAACAGUGCCCGUUGUUCCUCCAGCACAAGUGUACGCAGCAUAGACCCUUUACUUGCUUUCAUUGGCAUUUUCUUAACCAGCGAAGAAGGCGACCCAUAAGAAGAAGAGACGGAACCUUCAACUACAGCCCCGACGUGUACUGCACUAAAUACGAUGAGACCACAGGCAUUUGCCCGGACGGAGAUGAUUGCCCAUAUCUACACCGGACGACUGGUGACACAGAGCGCAAAUACCAUCUACGUUAUUACAAGACUGGCACUUGUAUCCAUGAGACAGAUGCUCGCGGGCAUUGUGUGAAGAAUGGCCUGCACUGUGCUUUUGCGCAUGGGCCACAUGAUCUCCGACCUCCAGUCUACGAUAUCAGGGAGAUCCAAGCACAAGAGGCUCUCCAGAAUGGUCAGCUGGGAACAGGGGAAGGCAUUCCUGAUCUGCAGCCGGGUGUACUAGCCAGCCAAGCUAUGAUUGAAAAAACAUUGACCGAGGACCCCCGAUGGCAAGAUACCAACUUUGUUUUAGCCAAUUAUAAAACAGAUCAGUGUACCAAGCCCCCAAGACUAUGCAGACAGGGCUACGCAUGCCCCCACUACCACAACAGUAGGGAUCGAAGAAGAAACCCACGAAAGUUUAAGUACAGAUCAACUCCAUGUCCCAGCGUGAAACAUGGUGAUGAAUGGGGUGAGCCCUCAAAGUGUGACAGUGGAGACAGUUGCCAGUAUUGUCACUCUCGCACUGAACAGCAGUUUCACCCAGAGAUCUACAAAUCAACCAAAUGCAAUGAUAUGCGACAAACAGGAUACUGUCCCAGAGGGCCAUUCUGUGCAUUUGCACACGUAGAAAGAAUUACCUCUACAGAAGAGACAAUGAACUCACUGCUAACAGUGAUACAAUCCAGUUCGCAAUCCCAGUUGGGUUCUCACCAGUAUUCGGAGUGUCCGGUCUCUGAAUGGAACAGUGGAGGAAUCUCCAACCCUUGUGCAAACAGUAGCAACGGACAACUAGAAAGUGUUUCAUGUUCUAAUAACUCAGCUGUAACACCAAGCUCAGGGAGCGACAGUUUGUUAUCCCCAGUGGGAUCCAUCAGCAGGCCCAUAUCCCUAACUAAUAGUAGUUUAUGCUCAGAAUCCAUCACACCCAGUGUGUCGUCUUUGACGUCAAACUAUCCUAAAGCUCCGGGCUUUGAACGUGAGGAUCAGAUUAAAAGCAAAGGGCACAUGGAUCAAAAAAUGAUGGACCAAGAAAAGCAGACACAAAAUACUGUAUUCUCUGCAGUAAAUCCUUUGGCAUCAAGCUUUACCUCCAGCAUAACAUCCAGUUUGGCCUCCAGUAUUGGAUCCGAUAGCUCUUCACCCACCACCUUAUCAACAAUGAAUGCAAAAGCCACUCCUUUCUAUCCAGGGAGCAACACAGUGGAGUCUGUUAUAGGAUCUGCACUGGACCUCAACUUUAGUGAUAUCAAUGUCGCUUCUCUUGAUAAAGAGUUGGAAGAACAAGAUAACGGUUUAGGAUUGACAAGUCAAAGGGUGCUGAGUGGAUCCGCUCCUGUUAACAUUCCAGGCUCCCUGGCACGAUCAUCCUCUUUUAAUUCCUCAUCAUCGCUCUCCACCUCCCCUCUAAGCUCCAUCUCCCAGUCUCUGUCUCAGUCCCUGCUGUCAGGGACAGUGUCUCAGCAAAAUCAACAUUCAAACAUGCUGGCAAAGCAGGAGCAUGGCCUGCUGGGAACACCCACCUCUUCCUCUCAGAACUCUCUGGGCUUGAACGGAGGAGCUAGCAGCAUUUGGGACUUUGUCAGUGGCAGCUUUUCGCCAAGUCCAUCUCCAGUUUUCAGCAGCCUCACCUCCACAACCAGCAAUGCUGAUCUGGCCCGCCUUUUUAGAGAGCUGGAUGAAGCCAAGAGGAAGAUCAAGCAAUGGGAGGAGGCCUGGCAUCAGGUCAAACAAGCCUGUGAAGCCUGCCAGAAAGAUGCACAUGAAGCCAAGGAGCAAGCAAAGACGGCCGAGGCCGAGCGGCAGCUGGCCGAACACAAGUGGGAGGAGACAGAGCGCAAGCUGAAAGAGCUCCAGGGGGACUUUGAUGCGCUUUGUCGCACCCCUGGAACGCCUCUUCUUCGUAGCUAUGGAGAGCUGGACCAGCUCCCUUUGUCAAAGCUUCACUCCAUCCAGAGUCAGCUACGUAAUGACCUAGACCUUAUAGAUGGGGUAAUAUAUCAGCUUCAGUCAAAGAAAUGUAUAGUUUGCCAAAAGCAUGAUCGUUGCGUUGUUCUGCAACCUUGCCAACAUUAUGUACUAUGUGAGAACUGUGCACCUAGCAAAGCGGAAUGUCCCUACUGUAGAGCAAAAAUAUUGAAGUGGUGAUGUACAGUUACUCGAGGUACUAUUUAAAGAGUUAGCCCUUUGAAAAACUACUAUUAGAUUACUAAUUUUCUAAACAGCAAUGUCUGUUUCUGUCAGUGAUCGAAUAACUUAGGAUGAAAUGAUGUUUGACUGACAAAAUACUUAGUAUAAUGAAUUGGAUCGCAAUGCAUUGUUUUGCUCAUUUUAUGCCCACGUUACACUAGUUACUCUAUUGUCUGCCUGUACACAAAAACAUGCACUCACUUUGAAUAUGAAUGAUCUUGUAAUUGUCUCAUCUUCAGUCUUUCAAACGUCUGGAAGGAAGUAUGGGAGCUGGUUGACAUUGUUGUGGUUUGAUCGUUUGUCUUAUGUGGCCGCAUGUGAACUAUUGAUGCACUUAAAGUUGGCCCUGAGGAAUUCUGAAGACAUUUUGAACACCAGCUUCAAAAAGUAACUGCAGAAUCUUUAAAAAAAAAGAAAGAAACAUAAGCUCAUGAAAGUCUUUUUUCCCUUCACACACAAAUGCAUCUCCUUAGGUGUGUGUGUGUGUGUGUCUGUGUGUGUAUUUUAUCUAAACUCCUACAAAUGUUUUGCUCAGAGCACUCGCACCACAGCACAGAAAGUAAACCGUCCAGGAAAUGCAGAGUUCACAUCUUAUCCAUCUAACAAUUUCACACAUAAAAUGGGCAAAACUGAGAGCAGACUUAAAAAAAAAGAGGAAUACAAGUAAAUCAAAAAACAAAGCAAAUGAAUUCCUGUCGACCUUGAUGUGAUGUUUUAAAUCAGGAAUCAUGUAUUUGUGUUAGCCUCACAGAACCUCUAAAACUGUCAUGUUAUUGUUACUGAUCUGACACUGAGCGGGUAUUAAACUUACCGUUUUCUGAAUGAACAAUAGGUGGGUUUUUGAUGGGGAAUGGCUUCUUUUUGGCAUAAGCUCUCUGCAGCAGUAGACAAAUUUCACCUCUGUAAUAUGCUUGAAUGAAUCACACUAACAAAGCCAAAAUAAUCAGAGUUGUGAAUUUACUGUGUUCCUCUUUAUAAAUACAAUUUUUAACCCUAAUUAUAAGUAAUAAACAACAUUUUUUAAAUAAAGCCAGUCAGACAUCAUUCUUUUGACCAACCCGCUGAGGAAGUUCCUUUUUUUUUCAUUAAAAGCACUUUGUUGACAUGAGGCUUUAUUAAUGGGUAUAUAGACAUUUGCUUUAAGCUGCUUUUGUAGUUAUUCUUUUGUCUCUCUUUUUUUAGAUUUCUUCUUUUUUUACAUAAGCUAAUGUCUGAAGCGUUUGUGUUUACUGUGAAACAUAAGUUGAUUAUUUCAUGUUUCCUAUUGCUAAGUCAUGGCAUGGUUCUAAAUCUUAGGAUUUCAUAGAAAACAAUUGAAUAGUUUCUACUUUCAUAGUGAGAUUGAGUAAAAUUCAAUCAAAUAAAUGCAAAUUUAAACUGCAUUGUAGGUGUAACCAGCAGCUGUAAUAUCAGUAAGGCACAUGCAACACGUUAAGGCUGUUUUUCAAUCAGAUAGGUUUGUUUUGUAGAAGAUUAUAUAGCUUAGCCAUUAGUAAAGCAUGUAUUGUAUUUGCUAUAAGCCUGGAGUUUGAUUUUUGUAGGAAUCUAGCCUCUUGACCUUGUGUAGAACAUAUCGGCCUCUUAACUCUAAGUGCCUUGCCGUAGUUGAAAAGGUUAUGUGUAGAAUUGUCCAAGCAAACAUGAGUAGUUGAAGCUUGUGCACAGGUUUUCUGCGCAUUAAACUUUGCAAAAGCAUCAAUAUGUAUACGUAUGAUUACAUGUUUAUAUGAGUGUAUUCCAUUGUAUUUGGCCAAAUUCCAGUAAGUAUUUCUGCUGAAAAUAAUUGUAGACUAAAAUUGUCAGUGCCUCUGUCCUGACUUCAUACGUAGAAAUGAACCCACAUUAGUGCUGUUCAGAUUCCCCCCUACCCCUCCCAUUCACUCAUUCCUUGGUUGAGGUGCUCUUUUGAUGCUGCCUCACUCACUGAAAUUAGGUUUUUGAAUCUUACAUUUGGGAGUAUGCAAACGUAGGACUCAUGGCAUUUGUAUGGCAACAUGCUUUUUGAACAGUUUAGUUUGUUUUCUUGUAAUAAGUCUACAUUGAAUGAAGAAUUCAGUAGUUUGCCUGUAGGGUGGAUUUUGUAUAGGGUUUAUGCUUAGGUUGCUCUAAUUGAAAUGACCUUCUACUGUGUUUGGGGGGGAAAAAAAAAAGUUAAAAACAAAAAUCCUUUUUAUUCUCGCUUUAAAAUCAGUAGAAAAUCAUGUAUCCAGGUACACUUUUUGCUACUUAUGAAUAUGGGAUAAUGCAUUGUUUACAUUCUCACAAAUGACAAUUAAGCAACUCAGAGGACAAUAUAAAAAAGGUUAUAAUAUUUUAGCAUUUUCAUGACUAUUACAGCAUAAAAGGCAGGCUAAACACUUCUGGUAUUGCAUGUCAUGCGAUAUAAUAACCAGCUACAAAAAUAAAAAAAAUGUUCGCACUGUGUCACACUGCCAGAAUAUUUUUAUUCACUUAUUUUUAUCUAGUUAAGGCUUAACAGCUUCUGCAAGCUUCGCUGCUACUGGAAAAGGUAUUAAUGUAGAUUCUUGUUAUACAUUUAGAUGUUUGAAUGUUGUGCAUCCACAGCUCAAAAGUCAUGAACUAUGAAAGAAUUUGUCUUAUAUGCAUCUAACUUGACUUAGUCUGUUUUUUUUUUUCUUAUUGACCUGUUCAUUUGUAAAUCCAUUUGAGUCAAAUUUUCAGUACUUUUGUAAAUCACUUAAUAUGAUGUCAUUGGCCUGUAUUAUAGAUUGUCUUUUUGUAAUUGAUGAUUAACACUUGUUGGCAUCCUUUUCCUCUGUACACUGGAUAGUGGUGUACGGCGCAGCUAAUUCAGUCUUUUGGGUUAUUUUGUUUUGUUUUUGUUUUUUGCCUGUGAAAAACGACUAAAUUGAUGAUGUGUGGUAUGUUAAAAAUGAACCAAAGUGGUGUUUUAGUAGCUGUCCAAAUAAGUAUUGUGUAGGGAAAAUUGACCCGAAUUUAGAUAAUGCCUGAUCAGCCUGUUGCUGUUAACACAGCCAAGUCUGGCCUGAGGCAAUAAACAUCAGUUCAACACCAAACGUGUUCGAAUCAAACCGAGUUCAAAUUCAGCAUUGAGAAUGGAGGGCUGUCUAGAUUCAGAUGCUUGAGAUUAUUCGUACAGGAGGACGCAAACCCCCUAAGGGAAUCGGCAACAAAACAUCAGUAAUGGACUCAUGCCCAUUCAUUCCAGUUUUACCAAAGAACUGUCCUAUUCUUUCUUUUGGACUACAUUUCAGAAUUAGUUUUACUACUGUAAUUACUCUAAAUUGAUUAAAACAACAACAGCAAGGAAAUCACCUAGUACCUUAAAGGGUUAAAGCUCACUUUAGGUAAUUAAUGACAUCUUUUUCUAUCUAAAGUUAGUCCGCGGACGAUCAGAAAUGCAUGGGUUACAAAAUGUGUGUUUGUACUUUUGAAUUUGUGUUAAGUAUACAGUUGCAUUUAUGGCAGUUUGUGCAAUAAUGGCUAGCACAUGCUGACCUUAAGCGAGGACUCAAUGUUAGUUUAAGUGUUGUCUACAGUGAAGGAAUGUCCUGAUUUAUGACAUUUGUGCUUCUGAAGUGGCCAUAUAAACUUCACUACAGUACUGUUUAAUUAAAGACAGUUUUGUUUCAUUCAUCUAAAUGGUUUGGAAAGUGAUAGCUGUUCAUCCUGUAUUUUUAUAGUAGGCCUACAGUGACUGUAAGGUGCUUUCUUUUUAUCAAUCUGUUUUCUAUUCCUUAAAGCUGUGGUCUGAAAAAGUUUUUGUUUUUUCUGGGACACAAAAUGAUUGUGAAGCAUCAAUGGCAGAUACAGACAUAUUUGAGCUGUUAGGGUAAUUUGUUUUGGGCCCCCAGUCUGGAGUAAUCUUCUCGACCAUCUUCAAGCUUUCUAGAAAAAAGAAAUUAUUUAAAAAUUGUACACAUACAUUUGAGAAGCACAGCUUAAAGUUAUUUGCAUUUCGUCAGAUUUUUUUCAAUUGUCUCUUCAAUGGACCAAUUACUUUUGAAUAAAUCUGUGCCUUUGAUGAUUGCAUAAUGUGGAUUGACUGAAAAUCAAAUCUAUAACAUGGUUAAUCAGAAUCAAAAUUCCAGUGCCUUACAAUGAUUUAGUGGACCACGAUGUGAUUGCUCGAGGCCCUUUGCAUUCAGUCCACUCAGCUGAAUGGAAAACUGCAAACCCUAACCAGAUUUGCGUCCCCAAUUUGAGAGAAUGAAACAAAGGUUACAAGAGUGCUACUUGUCUUUCUCAGUCUGUAUUUGCCAUACAGUUCAAGAAAACAGCAAUACCUAACCACUGAAUACACACGUUUUGAUCUUAAUUUGCCAUUCGGCACCGAAAUGUUAAUUAUUUGAAAGGAAAAGCACCAAAUGGGAAGAAUCUUGUAAAUGAACAGUGAUAAAUGUACCAUGCUCUGCUCUGCAUUGGAAUAGUUUCAUCUGUUUUGCAUUAUUGUUAGUUGUUGUGUCAUUCUUUUUGUUUUUAACUUUAUAAAAAUGGAGCCAGAAGAUUUAUGCAAUCUUGUACAUGUUUAUGAAUAUGAUGUAUGGAGCUGUUCAAAUUAAGUAAUUAUUAGUACAAAGUCAAAAGUAAUUAAUCUGAAUGUGGAACCAGUCGGUCCAUGUGCAUUAGAAUUUCUUUUCUUUCUUUUUUUUAGUGGAAAUGUUAUUUGAAUAUCAAAACCCUGAAAUAUUGAAUGUAUUGUUCUAAAUUAGAUAUUCAACUAAUAGGUCACUGGAUAUAAUGAAGCGCAGAUAAUUGACUAUGAUGUAGCAUCUAGUUGUGAAUUGCUAUUCAAUAAAAUUUAUUAGAACAUAAACAAAUACAAGUUUUCAAGUUUCUAUUUGUCAGUGUAAUGGGACAAUAUAAGGAAAGAAAUGUGUUUUUCUCAGGGUAAAAUAGGAUGGAUGGCGAAAAUGUUGAAUCUGAGGAAACUGCAUCUAAUGGAAUAAUUCACUUAUAGUUGGUGGGUAUAGGCAUUAUUUAUAGUUUUAAAAAAUACAUUAACAUAUAUAUGUAUAUAUACAUAUGUGUGUGUGCCCCUUUGUGACAAGGUAUAUGGAUAUGUAGGAAAUUUCUAUUGAUAAUUGUAGAAAUUAUUCUGUUGGUAUAUUGAUAUUUUUGUGUUGUGAACACAAAAACAGGUGCAAGUCUUAGAUUACUAGAUGUUUCUUUUCUACAUUGAAGAUUGUGUAUCACUUAUUUACUGUAGUGGAUUACUAGUUUGUUAACACUUGUUAAAUUGUUACACUACAGUUAUGCAAUGGUUUACAGAGUUCACAAAUUAUUUUUAUCAUCUUGA